UCCACCUGUCAGAGUGUCAGCUGCGCUAACAGGACUCCAAGAGCCACAGCAACUCCAGAUCGGUCGCUCAGGGGUCUUCAGUGAGAUGCUGUUGUGAGGCCCAAAGCAGGAUAUUUUUAUGCAGAUUGCAGAAGUAACUCCUUUUCACAACUUUGAAUCGGGCGAAGAUGUUUGCUACCAUGUGUUGCUUUUAUGUGCAGUGAGAGAAACGGCCUAUAUGAGCAUUUUUCAUUAAAGAGGAAGUUCAGGGAGAAAAAAUGGAGGAGCGCAACAAUGUCAGCUUCAGGAGACUUUUAUCAGAGGAGAGUACUUAUUCCUCUGUGUCCUCGGACUCCUGCGAGUACUACCAGACAGAGAUAUUUGACCAGCUGCCCAGCAUCCAGGCUUCCCGGCCUGAGCAGAACAGGUCGGAGGAGCAGCUCGAGCCUGGCAACCAGUCCAGGGGACCCAGAGACAAGGCGUCUACAGUGCCGCUCAGGAACCUGGCUGUGUCUAUUCAGGCGAAGAGAGAUGCCAGGGAAAGGAGGAAGAUGCAAAUCAGCAAUAUUGGCUAUUGGGAGUCCUGGAGGCGGAGCCAGAGUAGCAGCAGGAAGAGAGUGUGGGCACAGAUGGGAGGAGCUAUAGCAAGCCUGUUACCAUGGCAGCACAUGCUCCAUGCCAUUGAAGGCAGGUUUGGUGUAGGUGUGAAGGCCUACUUUGUUUUCCUCAGAUAUCUGAUUUUCUUGAACGUACUCUACUGUGCUCUCAUAUGCGGAUUCAUUCUGGGGCCUACAGCAUUUUACGGCAGGGGCAACAACAGUGAACCAUUGAAGUUUGGAGGCAAUGACUCCAUUUUGGAUUUCAUCCUGGGAUCGGGUUACCUGGAUCGUUCUCCAGUCUUCUACAGUUUCUAUACACGUGGUUCCCUGAAUCUGCCUUGCUUGAAUACACCUCUCCUGUACCUCGCUGGAAUCUUCACCAUCCUCUUCCUCAGUGUCAUGAUGGUGGUCCGCAGAACGAUCGUUGGCUACAAGCACACAUGGAUGCUGGGAAGGCGUCACAGAAUGAAUUUGAGCUAUAAGAUCUUCUGUGGCUGGGACUUCACGAUCCAGUACCCUACUGCAGCAAAACUCAAAAGCAGCUUCAUCAGAAACGAUAUCAAGCUAUUCCUGGAGGAGCAGAAUUUCUCCAUGCGUGAGGCUAAGAGAACACUCAAACAGUGGGCGCAUCUCUACCUGUUCAGGUUCAUCCUCAACCUGUUUGUUCUGUCUCUGCUGGGUGGAGCCUUCUACCUUAUUCACUUUGCCACGGAGAAGUCACAGUCUACGAUCCACAAUACGGAUGACCCACUGGUAAAACUGUUCCUGCAAUACCUCCCUCCCAUCACCAUCACCUUCAUCAACCUAUUCCUCCCUCACGUCUUCCGUAAGAUCUCGUCUUUUGAAGAUUACUCGUUCACCAUGCAGGUUAAUGCCACCCUCGUGAGGAGCAUCUUCUUGAAGCUGGCCUCCUUGGGGAUCUACUUAUAUUCUGUCAUCAAAGCACCUACUGACACUACCCUUAACCCGUGCAGGGAGAACCAGUUUGGUAGAGAGAUGUACAAGCUUUGCAUCUUCAACUUCCUCAUCACUUUCUGCAGCACCUUCUUCUUGAACUACCCCAGGAAGCUGCUACGAGAGAAUUACCCCUCAUCUUUCCUGGCCCGGUUGUUAGGGAAACAACACUUCCUGAUCCCCUUCAAUGUGCUGGAUCUAGUGUAUGCCCAGACAGUGUCCUGGGUGGGAGUCUACUACUGCCCUCUGCUGCCUCUGAUAGGAACCGUAACACUGAUAAUGACGCUCUACAUCAAGAAGUUCAUGGUGCUGCGGUGCUGUGACGCAGGGCAGAGAAUGUUUCGAGCCUCCAGCUCUUCGGUUCUAUUCUACUUCAUGUUGCUGCUCGGCCUCCUCAUGGCUACAGUCACGCUGGGCUUCAAGCUCUACAAGUACAAACCUUUUGAGUCUUCUUCUUGUGGUCCAUUUGGAGGAGGAACUGUGUUUAAUGUGACAGGAGCGUGUGUGGACAGUCUCCCUCCACCGGCACAGUCCACUCUCCGCUACCUGGCUUCUGAGGCCUUUGCCAUACCGCUCAUACUAGCUGAAGUUAUAAUCUUAACCUCAUAUGUGUCACGGGGGCGAGCCAACCAGAAGGCCAUUGAGAGACUGAAAGAUAUGCUGGUUAUGAGCAGUUCAGAUAAGCGUUUCCUGGUGAAAGAGCACACCACAAUGGUCAGACGUCAAAGGAACCCCCACCAUGCCCGCUCUGCACAUUGAGGAGAACGUCCCCCUCAACAAACAUAAAGACCCCCCACCACACAAUUAAAUUAAUUCCCCAA